CGAGGGCGGGUUCUAGCGGGGCGUGAACCGGAAGUGAAGCGUCCUGCCGUUUCUCAGCCAGGCGGAACCUGCUCCGCUGGGCCUAGCGGCCGCAGAAGAACUUUCUCCGGGCCCGACGGUCCCUGCGGUCCCUGGCCCCUGCUGUGCGGCCCCCUCGCGUCGUUAGCUCACCGUGUGGGCCUCGCGCGGCCCCGCGUCCGCUUAUCCCGCGGAAUCCGCCUGCCGCCCCCCCUGCCGGGCCCGCCUCCCGCCCCGCCGCCGCGAUGUGCGACAAGGAAUUCAUGUGGGCCCUGAAAAACGGAGACUUGGAUGAGGUGAAGGACUACGUGGCCAAGGGAGAAGAUGUCAACCGGACACUAGAAGGUGGAAGGAAGCCUCUUCAUUAUGCAGCAGAUUGUGGACAGCUUGAAAUUCUGGAAUUUCUGCUGCUGAAAGGAGCAGAUAUUAAUGCUCCAGAUAAACACCAUAUCACCCCUCUUCUGUCUGCUGUCUAUGAGGGUCAUGUUUCCUGUGUGAAAUUGCUUCUGUCAAAGGGUGCUGACAAGACUGUGAAAGGUCCAGAUGGACUGACAGCCCUUGAAGCCACUGACAACCAGGCAAUCAAGGCUCUUCUCCAGUGAUGGGCGGACGGACUGAUAACUUGGGAAGAAUGACUCUCCUGUGGCCUCACACUGCUGCCUGUCUGUCUGUCACUCUAUCUGCCAGCUUCUUCAGCUAAAUACUUUAAGAGGGGUGAGGGGAGAGAGAAAUUCAUAACAAAUCAGACUACCGGGGAAAAACAGUUUGGAGGGGGGAAUGUGAUCAGGCUUUUACUGGGAUUCCUGAUCAAGCCAGCCUCUUUCCCAUUUCUAAAAGUACACCCAAGGGAGAGCAAAGAUUCAGUGUACCAGGAUCAUUGGACCUUCUCAGCUCCCUAGAUAACUUAUUAAUCAGUGUGUUGAAGGUCUGAAUGUACAAAGGCCAGCUCUACUACUUGGUAGCCCUAGCUGUGAGCAGUAGUGGCUGCUGUGAUGUAAACUUAGGGUGCUGAGAUAAGCAAUUAGCUACAGCCUUCUGCCUUAAGAAUGCACUCUCCUGGGGUUCCUGGCUAGUUAUGAGUGCUGCCUGUGGUUGGUGACCAAAAUCUUCCUGAGUGACUUUAAGCUUUAUGUGAAAGCCCAGAUCUGAUGAAGAGGGGCAUACCCCCAAAUUGCUAGAUGAUGGAAUUUUGGAUUUUCUCUCCCCUUUCACAUGGAUUCCAUGUCUCUUUAGAUAAAACUGACUAGUUUUAUUUAUAAAAUCUUAAAUUCUAGGAGUCUAAAGGAGGAAUCAUUCCAUUAUGCAUAUUUUUUUUUCUCCUUUAGACUCAGACAUUUCUAUAACAUUGAAACACUUUGAGACUCCUGCUGGUAGUAAAAGGAGAUUUAAAAAUAGAAUCAUAGCCAUAAGCGUGUUAGUAUCAUAUAAAAAGAGAACAGUUGUCUUAGUACCUAUGGACUUUCUCCAAUUGCUGUUUGAAUGAAUUGACCUCAGUUGUGUUUGGAGAAUCAGAACAUUCUUUGGAAAGCCUCUAGACCCACCAUGGAUGCUGAUUUCUUAGUGCACCAAAGCUAUCACUGGGGUGAGAGCUACUAUUUGGACAAAUGUAACCCCACCCCUUCAAACAUGAGCUUGUUACCAGGUUUCCCUGAGUUGAUAGACUUCUGCUGAACAUCACGCCACACCACCUGCAUAGUAUGUUUUUGUUUCUGUUAUUAAUCUUUUGUUGCAUAAAUGUGACAACUUCAGAAGAUAUUCUGUGUUCUUAGAAUACAGUGCCCUAAAAAAAAAAAAAAAAAAUACAGUGCCCUAAAAUGUUCUUAGGACCUGCAGAAAAUUUAUAUACAUCUCCAAAUUUUCAUAAAAAGUAAAAUUAAUUAAAACAUGUACCCUUAAAUUUGAUAUUCUUCAUUUAAAGUAUUAAGAUUUCUUUGACUUGCCAUCCAUAUAAGCUUACUAAAAAUAAUACAAUCUUUCCUUAGCUAAAUCAUGCAAUAAUUGAAUGUACCUCAAAUUUUUAAGGGGCGGGUGGGAUACGGGCUUAUAUUCAUAUUGUGGAUAAUAAAAAAGAAUAAUGAUUUUUUUUAAGGCAAUGUAGCAUUCUAUAGCAGGGUUAAACUAUUAUCAAGAGCAGUCAACCUGGCUAAUAACUAUUGAUCAGUUGCUGAUGAUUGGGGUGUGUGCAUGUUUGUGCGUGCGUGCAUGCAUGCGUGUAUGUGUGUUUUCUCCCAUGAACCCUUUUUUUAUCCUGUGGCUUUUUCACUUUCAAUUGGCCUAACCGUAUAAUUUUCUUAUCCAAGAAAACAAUCACAAAACAGCGGUUUAUAUUUGGCUAAUUCUGCUCUUAACACAGCCCAUUAGCGUUAGACAUUUACACUUGAUCUUAGCCAGAAGGCCAAAAAGCUAUACAGUUGGGGAUCGAAAAUGGGGGGUGGGGGCACUCUGUUAGUCUGGAACAAUCGACGUAAUGCAGCAGAGUAUUUUUGCUACCCUUGAUUUCACCUCUUGGAACACUGCUGUUUGAAAGCUUGAUUUUACCCUGUACACAGUUGUCACCUUUUCUUUCUAAGUGUUGUGUUGUAGUUGGCUGUUGCAGAGAGUACAUUGUCUUACCAUUCUUAAGCUUGGUUCUGAUUUCUACAGUCAUUAUGGUACUGAAACCAUGUGAUUCUUUUUACAGUUUACCCUGGUGUUCCUUGUAAUGCAGUAGAGGCUAUUUCGCUUUCCUCCCUUCUUUGUUGGCCAUUCUGUAAACCCCAUAGCUAUGACGCAUUGCUUGAGAAAAUAACAUAGAGUAGGAUAGACUGACCAGGAUAGUUUACAGUUUUGUUUUGUUUUGUUUUUUUUAAAAAAAAAAAAAAAAACUAGGUUAUUUAUAAUGUAUUUCUGAACCACUUGGCAGCAAAAUUCAUAACACUUAAUGCUCAUAUUUUUUAAUAAAGAAAGCUAAAAUGUCUGCUUUUGGUACUACACGCAUUAGCAAAAGGUUAAGUUUUGUUCUCCACUGAAGUAGUACUUAACAUCUCAGAAGAAAGAAACUUGCAUGUUCUAUAGUUUUGUAUUAAAUCUAUCAUUUCAUAUGCACUGUAUCAAGUACAGACAGGUCAUUUUACCUAUUCAUGGUUAGUGUCCUACCAGGUCCUCCCCAGCCCCACCCCACAGCUUCAGGCUGGUUGUCUAUAGAUGAGUGCUCCAGUGCAGCACUUGACAUCCCCCGUAGUUCUCUGUGUGCAGUGCACCUCUCUAGUGCCAGCUGGGCGCAGAGGAAAGCAGCACGCAGAGCGUGGAAGCUGCAAGUCAGUAAGCCUUUUACUCAUUUCUUUCCUUCCCCAGAUAAAGGAUCUUAAAUUUACAUGUACCUAUUAGAUUUUUUUAACUUCAGCUGAGCUGCUGUUUUCUUCCAUGCAAUAUUGUGUCCUUGGUUGUGUAUAGAAGAAGCUGGUAAGAGUGCCCUCCUACAUAAAUAAGCAGUUGCAGUGUUUUGCAUGCAAAAUUUUUAAAAAUUAAAUUGUCCUGAUUCUAUUUUGUAAAUGGAGAAACAAUCGUAUCUUUCUAAGCAGUACGGAGGAAGACUAGUGCUUUGUGCAUUUUUGGUAUAUUUGAGUUCAUUUUCCACAGUAUCAUUACUUUUGACACAGUUGGGUUUCUCAUAAGUAUCCUAGUUCAUGUACAUCCGAAUGCUAACUAAUACUGUUUAAGUUUCGUGUUGCAAGAACAAAUGGAAUAAACUUGAACUGUGCUAUAGCGAA